AUGGUAGGGGCAGGGUCAGCGGUGGUGAAUACAUACCCUUUAUCAAGCUACACAUUCGGUACUAAAGAACCCAAGAUGGAGAAAGACACUUCUGUGGCGGAUCGCCUUGCUCGCAUGAAAGUCAAUUAUAUGAAAGAGGGGAUGAGGACUAGUGUGGAAGCUAUUUUGCUGGUACAGGAACACAAUCAUCCUCACAUACUUCUUCUGCAAAUUGGAAACACAUUCUGCAAACUUCCUGGUGGGCGUUUGAAGCCUGGAGAGAAUGAAAUUGAAGGUUUAAAAAGAAAGCUGACAAGCAAGCUUGGAGCUAAUUCACCUGCUCUUGUGCCAGACUGGCAGAUUGGUGAAUGUGUGGCUACCUGGUGGAGGCCAAACUUUGAAACCAUUAUGUAUCCAUAUUGCCCUCCUCACAUAACGAAGCCCAAGGAGUGCAAGAAACUUUACCUUGUUCACUUAUCUGAAAGAGAGUACUUUGCAGUGCCAAAAAAUUUGAAACUGCUUGCUGUGCCGUUGUUUGAACUCUAUGAUAAUGUGCAGAGAUAUGGACCAGUUAUUUCAACCAUUCCUCAACAGCUCUCAAGAUUCCAGUUCAACAUGAUUACUACUGCUUGA